AUGAUAGGAAUGGUUGUGGCCAGAAUACUUUUGAUCACUGGUAUGAUUAGUGUUGAACUGGAGUUAAACAACAGCUUUAUAUAUUUGGGCAAAUUAUAUCAAGAUAUUGGGUUUCCAAAAGUAGACAUUAAAAUAAAAUUAUUUUUGUCUUUCUGUUAUACAGAUGAUGGUUACAUGAAGAAAUUCAUAGCAGAAACCAAGUCAAUGACCCCAGAAGAAAAAGCUUCGUAUCUUGAAUACAAUCGGGAAAUGGGCGUAGUCCAUGAAGAUUGUGCUCAGGAAGGGCAAACUCAGGCCCCUCCACGUGACCAAGCAGUGGUCCGUCACUUUAUUACAUUGAUUUCACACAAUAACAAGCUUUAUGAACUUGAUGGUAGGAAAGAGGGACCAGUUUGCCAUGGAGAAAUCAAUAAGGAGUCAUUUUUAGAGUCUGCUGCAGCUAUGGUGAAGAAGUUUAUGGCUAGGGACCCCGAGGAAAUGGACUUCAGCGUGAUGGCUCUUGCUGAGGAUUGAAAUCCCUCAAGUACAGCUCAGUACAGAACAAUCCAUAUUUUUUUUUCUCUUUUUUCUGGCAGUCCAUUUAUAAUAAAAAUAAAUAUUGUUUUUUUUUUUCUUUUUUUCCCGUUUAUUUUAUUUAUUUUAUUUAUUUUCUUUAAUUACAAAUUCUUCCUUUGUCCUGUGAACUCACCACUGUCCGCAUUGAUGAAAAUCUCCUCUUGGAUAUAUCAAAUUAAGGUCACCAUGCAGCAGUGGUACCCAGCACUGAGGCGAGGGCUAAACACGCAGCUGUUAAACGUUAAACAGAGAUAGUGACUGGCUAAAAAGUAUCGUUGUGGCAAUAUAUGUGUGUCUGUGUCCAUGUAUAUAUAUAUGUGUGUGUGUGUGUAUGUAGAUAUAUAUAUAUAUAUAUAUAUAUGAACACAUAAAAAGUAUUAUUGUGGCAAUGUGUAUACAUACAUGCACAUGUAUACAUACACAUGCAUUGCAGUCUGCACAUAUACAUACAUAUAUAUAAUUGCAGCAGCUAUGGUUGCUAUGGUGCAAUAAUUUAUUACUUUAUUUGGCUUGUUUGCAUGUAACUUAAUGUCAGAUCUGUCUGUCUGUCUAGCUAUCUUCAGAGGAGAGGGUCAAGGAUUGGUUGGCCAGCCUGUAAGUCUACCUAUCCAGAAAGGAUGUUGGAGAGCCACAUGUUGGUCUGCCUGUCUAGAUAGGAGAGUGGAAAGUCAUGGGUUGGACUUGCUGUCUGUCUAUUUUGAAGUGUGGAGAGACAAGGAUUUGUCUGGCUGUCUAAUUAGAGUGGAUAGUUAAAGAUUGGUCUGUCUGUCUAAUUAGGUGAGUGGAGCAUCAAAGAUUGGUGUGUCUCUCUGUUUAAUUAGAAGAGUGGAGAGACAGAUUGGUCUGGCUCUCUCUGUCUAGUUAAGAUGCUGGAGAGUCAUGGAUUGGUCUGUCUUGCUCGUCAGGAUGUUGGAGAAUCAUGGGUAGGCCUUGCUGUCUGUCUAUUUUGGAAAGAAAGUGGAGAGCUAAGGAUUAGUCUGGCUGUUUAGUUAGGAGAGUGGAGAGUCAAGGAUUGGUCUUUCUGUCUAAUCAGGCAAUCAGAGAGUCAAGGAUUGGUCUGUCUUUGUCUAAUCAGGAGAUUGGAGAGUCAAGGAUUGGUCAGUUUGUCUCUGUCUAGUUAGGAGGAUGGAGAGCCAAGAAUUGGUCAGUCUCUCUGUCUUGUCAUGAUAUUGGAGAGUCAAGGGUUGGUUGGUCUGUCUGUCUGCUUAGAAAGGAGCUUGGAGGAUCCAGUAUACACUAGUCAUUACAUCUAUGAUUCCCUGUUCUCCUUAUGCACUUAUUAAGACAUAAUGUCCAAUGGUAUAUAAUUACAACCUUUAACAUUGAGUUCAGUUUGAUUUCAUCCUUCUAGGAUUAAAGUACAACCAUGGUACUGUCUAGUACAGUGGGUGUGGAGGUGGUGAUUGAACCAACUGUGUACUCUCCCUAAAUUUUUAGCUUUGUUCCUAUUAUUAUUAUUGUGUUCAGAGUUCAAAUCUUGCCAAGGGCAACUUUGGCUUUAUCCUUUCAGAGUUGAUAAAGUACCAGAUGUCUACUGAGGUUGGUAUCAACUAAUUCCCUCUCCGCAAAAUUGUUGGCCUUGUACCUCAAUCAGACACCAUUAUUAUUAUUAGUUGUAUUUCUAUUACCACACAUACUACUACAUAAAGAUAUUUUAAAUUGCUGAAGCGGUUUAAUAUUGGACUUAAAAGUACAGUAUAGUAUUCAAAACCCCCUCCAGUCAUCAUUCUUGAUUCCAAGUUCAAAUCCUGCCAAGGUCAACUUUACCUUUCAUUCCUCUGGGAUUUGAUAAAUUAAGUGUUUAUGGUGUGGUGAUGGUAGAUUGAGAGUGGUUCAUUAAAUAAAAAAGAUAAUUGUUUUUUUCUCUUCUUCAAUAAUUACCCUUAUGCCUAAUUAACUUCUUCCAUGAUUAUAAUUGGUGAAAUGAUAGUGUUGGCAGAGUUGGACAAAAUGUUUUACACUCAGAUCCUGCCAUGUUCAACAUUGCAUUUCAUCUUUUCGUGGUCUAUAAAAUAAAGUACCAACAAAAUACUAGGGGUCGACUUCAUCAACUGUGCCCAUCUUCCAAAACGUUUGGUAUUGUGUCAGUAUUAGGAAUAAAGUAUGUAUGAGAGAGAAAAAUAAGGGCUAGUUUUGUGAUUGUGGUAUCUGGGGCUGGUAUUGCCACUGCUGGAUUCUAUCUAUAACAUACCCCAACCAUAUCCAUCAAACUACCUUAUUUCUUUGGAAGUGGAAUGAAGGUUGGAUAAAUACGACACCCUCCCUAAUCGUUUAAUUCUGUCACCAGAUUUUCUUACCUCAAGUUGCCUCCCUUGCCAGAAUUGCAUUUUUUUAAAAGUAAAAAUACAUAUAUUUAUAUAUUCCUGUCUCCUCCAUCCCACCGCUAACCCCUUACUGGCCAUUCCAUCCCCACCUCCAUGGCUGACCAGCUACUCUCCCUGCUCUGACCGGCCACCACCUCAACGUUGUCCAGCCAUUCCCACUUUCUGCCUGAUAGGCCACUCCUCCCACAUUGACUGGCUACUGCUUUGAUUUGACCCCCACCAUGUGACCACUUCCAAAAUGCCAUUGUCCACAACACAAUUCUUGUUCUGUCUGCUGUCUCCCUGCCAUUCCAAAUCCUAUUUUGUAAAUUCCAGCUAUGGUUUCUCAACGUCUGUUGCUAACUUCAGGCUUUCACAAAUGUAUGUGAGAUAUAUAUAAUUCCAAGCAUAUAUAUAUUCUAAAACAAAUAUAUAUAUAUUUUUCUUUUGGUAAAUAAAGCAUUUUGCUUCUGGCUACUA